GGAGGAGGGAGGAGGGAGGAGGAGGAGAAGAAGGGAGGGUGAUAUUUUCCAUAAAGCUUCUUUAUUCCCUCUUUCUUUCUGCCCUUGAGCAUCCCGGGUAAACCCGAGCUGGUAAAGUCGGGACAGUAGGAGGAGAGAGGGGGCAGAGGAGGGCGGGCACACGCGUUUUCCUCAAAGUCAAUAUUUGAUACUUUUCCUACUCCUGGACGCUGGAUUUCACUCCUCUUCCUCACCCGCCGCUUCAAGAUCUAGGACACCGAUCUGCGCAGCCAUCCACGCUGCGAUAGAGAGAAAAAAAAGAAGAAGAACAAGAAGAAAGAGAGAAAAGUAUCCGGCAGAAAAACAAGAAGCAGCGAGCCUGGGCAGGGAGGCAGAUACCGGGAGUAACAGUGAGGACCGCGAAGGGGGAACGAGUAUUUACUGGACCAGUCGGAGAGAGGAUCUUUCUGAGCAGAGAGAGGGAGAGAGAGGGAGAGAGAGAGAGAGGGAGGGAGGACGUGCACGGAGGCUCCAUCGCCACACAAAGUGCUGAGCUGCCUCACGGAUGCAUGUGAGAACCCCAGGACAAUAACAGGAGCUCGGCCAGCCUAAAGCGUCCAAUGGAUAUACAUGAAGGAGCAGCGACCUCUCCUUCCUCCUGCCCGACCAGCACCGGCACCGUUUGCCCGCAGGACACCGCUCUCUGAGCCAUGGAUCAGCGCUGACGUCUCCCGCACAACUCCCUGCAACACUAUGGUUAAAGCGUAUGCCAAGAUUAAUCUCUGUAACAUUAUCCGCCUCUCCAUCCACCGCCCAUCCUCCACGGGAAGUCAGUCGUCAAAUCAACAAAGUGUCCCUCUCUGGAGGCCGUCGAUAUUUAUGAAGAGACACUGAGUGAAAGUUGCCGAUACAGUGUCCCCCUGUCAUUUAGGGAAUUUAUUAGUCUGGAGGCGAGUUGUGUCGAUUUACCUGCGCCUCUCCAUUCACACUGCAGCAGUAUGGUGGUAUAGGGAUGUCCACCAUUUCCUGAUAAUCACCACUCCAUGCGCGUCACCUCUCCCCUGAGCUCCGUGGCCCCCUCACCCUGCGCCGGACCCCGCUCCAAGCGACCCCCCAGCCUGCCAUGCUCCUCCAGGCCGCGUUGCUGCUGCUGCUGCUGCACUGCUUGGCCUCCACUCGUGGCCAGUACGAUCUGUGCAAGUCCCUGGUGAGCACGGAUGAGGGCUCAGUGUGGGAGCAAUACGCGUGCCAGCCGAAAUCCAUGACCAUGAAAGACUACAUGCGCAUCAAGGUGGAUCCGCCCGGAAUCACGUGUGGAAACCCGCCGGAGAGGUUCUGCACUCUGGAGAAUCCAUACCUGUGCAGUGAUGAGUGUGAUGCCUCCAACCCAGAUUUGGCUCAUCCUCCUCAGCUGAUGCAGGAUCGUGAACGCAACGGCUUAAUCACCUACUGGCAGACAGUCACAUGGAGAAGCCACCCAGAGCCCCUGCUGGCUAACAUCACUAUGGCCUGGAACAAAACUCUGGAGCUCACAGACGACAUACUGAUCACCUUUGAGUACGGCCGUCCUACUAUCAUGAUACUAGAUAAGUCCAUGGACCAUGGACGCUCCUGGCAGCCCUACCAGUUCUUUGCUGACGACUGCCUGGAUGCCUUCAACAUGCCACCCAAACAUGUGCGUGACCUCUCGCACGCCAACAUCACACGGGUCAUCUGUACUGAGCAGUACUCGCGCUGGGUCGGUUCCAAGAACGACAAGAAUGUCAAGUUUGAGGUGCGGGCACGCUUUGCUGUGUUUGCCGGACCUCGGCUACAAAACAUGGACAGUCUGUACACUCGCAUGGAGAGUAUGAAGGGAUUGAAGGACUUCUUCACCUUCACCAACCUUAGGUUGAGGCUUCUCAGGCCUGCCCUCGGAGGCACCUAUGUCCAGAGAGACAACCUGCUCAAGUACUUCUAUGCCAUCUCAAACAUCGAGGUACCUGCCAGGUGUAAGUGUAACCUCCAUGCCUCCCUGUGCCUGCUGCAAGAAGGGAACCUCCAGUGCCAGUGUGAACACAACACCACGGGCCAGGACUGCCAGCGCUGCAAGAAGGGCUUCAAAGCCAAGUCCUGGAAGGCCGGUUCCUACCUGCCGGUGCCCAACGGAACCCCCAACACCUGUACGAUUGCUGGCUCCCCCUCCGGUUCUAAUGAGGCAGAGGAUGAAGCUGAAGGUGAAACACAGGAUGGGGCUGAAGGUGAACCAGAGAGCACCACCAGCAUCUCAGAAGGUGAACGGCUCCAAGCUGUUUCCCAUGAGCCCUUUGGAGCCCCUCAGGAAGUCUCCCACAUGUCUGAGGAGCAAGUACAUGAGACACAUGGUCACAAAACAACAUCCUCAUCUGUGCACGGGCAAGAAAUGAAGGAGUGGGAGGAGGAGAAAAGAAAAGCUGAGCGCAAAGUCUCCCGCAAAUUUGAGCGACACAUACACAGGACUCAUGGCCACAGAACUACACACUCAUCUGAGCACGAUGAGAAAAGAGCGGAGGUGAAAGAAGCUGAAAGAAAAGUCUCCCACAAGUCUGAAGGACAUGUACAUGAGACAUAUGGUCACAAAAGAACCUCAUCUCACCAUGGGGAGGAAAAGGAGGAAGAGGAGAAAGAAACAAAAGCUGAAAAGAAAGGACACCCGCAUGAGACUCAUGUCCGUAAAACAACAACCUUGUCUGAGCAUGGAGAGACAAGGGGGGAGGAGGGGGAGCAUGCAGGGAGCAAAGCUGAGAGAAAAGUCAAUGACGGUUAUGGUGAGUCAGUCUCCCACAAGUCUGAGGGACAUGUCCACGAGACUCAUGGUCACAAAACGACAACCUCAUUUGAUCACAGACAGGAUGACCACCACAAAGAAAGAAAAGCUGAAAGGACAGACCCCCACAUGUCUGAGGGACAUGUAAACGAGAGACAUGGCUACAAAAUGACAACCUCAUCUAAACACGGGGAGGACGACCAGCACAAAGAAAGACAGACUGAAAGCACAGACCCCCACAAAUCUGAGGAACACAUACAUGAGGGUCAUGGCCACAAAACAACCUCGUCUGUUCACGAAGAAGACAACCACCACAAUGAAAGAGAAACCAAAAGGACAGACCCCCACAAAUCUGAGGAACACGUACACGAGAGUCAUGGCCACAAACCAACCUCAUCUGCUCACAGAGAGGACCACCACCACCCAGAAAGAAAAACUGAGAGGACAGACCCCCGCAAAUCAGAGGGACAUGAGACUCAUGGGCACAAAAUAACCUCAUCUGAUCAUGGAGAGAGAAGAGAGGAGGAGGGGCAUGAAGAAAGAAAAGUUCCACAUCAACCUGAGGAACACGGACACGAGAGUCAUGGCCACAAAGUCUCAUCUGAGCACGGUGAGGACGACCACCCCAAAGAAAGAAAACCUGAAAGGACAGCAGCGCCCCACAUGUUUGAAGGACACAUACGUACGGCUCAUGGCCACAAAACCUCAUCCGAAACAGAGGACGAGAAUAAAAGACACACUGAAAGGAAAGACAAUCAUGGUGUGUCCGUCUCCCACAAGUCAGAGGGACAUGUGCAUGAGACUCAUGGCCACAAAACUACAACCUCAUCCGAGCACGGAGAGAAAAGGCAUGAAGAGGCACAUGAAGUUUCCCAUAAGUCUGAUGGACAUGUACAUGAGUCUCAUGGCCACAAAGGUUCAUCUGAGCACGGAGAGACAAGGCACGAGGAGGCACCUAAAGAAAUUUCCCUAAAAGAAGGACAUGUUGACAUGACUGAGGGACAUGGACAUGAGACUCAUGGCCAUAAAAGUUCAUCUGAGCACGAAGAGACAAGGCACAAGGAGGCACAUAAAGAAAUCUCCCACACGUCUGAGGGACAUGUACAUGAGACUCAUGGCCACAAAAGCUCAUCUGAGCACGAGGAGGCACAUACAGUAAGACAAGUCCCCCACAAGUCUGAGGAGCACGCGCAUGAGACGCAUGGCCACAAAACAACCUCAUCUGAGCACGGGGAGGAAAGAAAAGUCCACCACAAGCCUGAGGAGCAUAUACUUGAGACUCAUGGCCACAAAACAACAACCUCACAUGUGCACGUGGAGGAUCACACAGUCGCCCACAAGUCUGAGGAGCAUGGACAUGAGACUCAUGGCCACAAAACAACAUCACAUGUGCAUGGGGAGGAGCAUGGAGACAGAAAUGCUGAAAGGAAAGUCCUGCACAAGUUUGAGGAUCAUGCACACGAGACUCAUGGCCACAAAACAACAGCACAUGUGCACGGGGAGGAGCAUGGAGAAAGAAAAGCAGAAAUAAAAGAGGAACAUGUGCAUGAGACUCAUGGACACAAAACCACAUCACCUUUGCAUGGGGAGGAGCAUGGAGAAAGAAAAGUCUCCCAGAAGUCUGAGGAGCAUGUACAUGAGACUCACGGCCACAAAACGACCUCACAUGUGCACGGGGAGGAGCCCAGUGAAAAGAAAGUCUCCCACAAGUCUGACGAUCACGCACAUGGUCACAAAACAACCUCAUCUGAGCACAGGGAAGAGAAGCCCAAAGAAAGAAAAGUCUCCCACAAUUUUGGGGAACACGCACAUGAAACACAUGGCCACAAAACAACAACCUCAUCUGAGCACGGGGAGAAAAGGGAGGAGGAGGAGCUUUCACAGAGAAAGGCUCAUAAAAGAGGGCUUCUGAAACUCUUGAUCUCAGGAGAGCCCCAGGCCAGACAGUUGUUUGGGAUCAUAUACCAUGAUUUCAAAGACUGUGAGUGCUACGGCCACUCCAACCGCUGCAGCUACAUCGACUACCUGAACAUCGUCACGUGCGUCAGCUGCAAACACAACACCAGGGGCCAGAACUGCCAACACUGCAGACUGGGAUACUUCCGCAACGCCUCUGCUGAACUGGACGAUGAGAGCGUCUGCAUCGAGUGUAACUGCAACCAGAUGGGUUCUGUUCAUGACCGGUGUAACAGUACAGGCUUCUGCCAGUGUAAAGAUGGCGCCACAGGGGCCAAGUGUGACGACUGUCAGCCGGGCUACUACUGGAAACAAGGCUGUCACUCUAACAUUUGCGAUGACGAGAUGCUCCUGUGCCAGAACGGAGGAACUUGCCACCAGAACCAGAAGUGCAUCUGUCCUCCAGAGUUUAAGGGGCUACUGUGCCAACAGCCCCGCUGCGAGGCGGGCAAAGACUGCAACGCUGCCUCUUCGCUGCACCUCUCUACGGCCAACCUGCUGCUCUGCACUCUGCUAGCCCACCUGCUGGCCACGUUAACCCCCCACUGAGACACGAAAAACCCCCCCUCAGACCAAGGAGUGUGUUUAUAUGUGUGUGUCCGUGAGGCGAGCGGAGACCCCGAGUAGGUAGGGCCGUCUGAGUCAUGGACCCGGUGAACACACACUGCAGCACACGCGAAAGAGCACACACUCACACAACACUUUGUAUCUCCAGUCACACACACACACACACACAUACACACAAACACACACCUCACAUGACUGUUAUGCUACCAAGUGUGUGCUCAGGUGUGAGAAGAAGGACAAACAGAAAGAAAAGGGGGAGCGACCUCAGAAAAAAAGAGAUGCAGACGAAGGGGGAAAAAAUUCAUACCAACCACUGUUCCCUUUAUUCCUGAGCUGGAGCAAUGUGCAUCAAACCAAAAAGCAUAAACGAAACACUUAAAUCACCACUGUUUCACUACAAAGGGAAUGGCUGUUGUAACCACAAGGACUUUUUUUUUUUUUUUUCUUUCUUGUUUUUCUUGGUUGAGUUAGGAAUGUCACAUGUAUUAGACUGAUGGCCAAAGUGUGUGUGGUCAGACUCGGACGAGACACAUGGACACGAUGGACGGGUCGGGAGGCGGGCUGUGCAUUUGAUUCUGCUGCUGAGGCCUACAUAGUAUAUUAACCAGGUUUCAUUUCUUCUCGAAAGAAGAGACUUGAUUUUACAUUUAUUCUACUUCUGCUGCAUUUCUUUUUUUUUUUUUAUUAUAUCGUCAGUCAUUGUAUCUAAUGUGCCCACUAACAGUCGCUGAGAUUAUACAUAUUAUAUAAUAUCCAGGGGGUUACAAAUUAUUAAAAAAAUCUUUAGUCACUAUUAUGGUUGUUAUAGGAAUGAGUGAUUGUUGCCACACUUAGAGAGAUUUUAUCUUCACACAGUAUUCAGGAAGCAGAGUUUAAGAGAAUUUAACUUAUCAGAAGUUUAAAAAGAGAGAAAAGAUAUCAACCACGUAUCAAUAUUAUAUGACAUUAUUUGACUAUUUUUUGUAGAAAUUAUUUUUGUUUGGAGUUAUAAAAAUAAAUUAUAAAAAAUGGCAUUUACAACUAUUCCAAAUGAGCAUUUUAUUACACUGAGUGUAAACCUUGCAGUAAAUAUGACUGUUAUUUGCCUU